UGGGAGGAGGGCAGAGCGAGCGAUAGUGAGCCAAUGGAAAGGCGCCCAAGACUUGCUCACUGUCGGCUUUGCUGAAGACUAAAACGGGAACAAUAUUUCUGUCAGGCGCAUACUGUCUUCUUCCAGUGUGGAGUCCAGAGGACUCACCAUCUCAGUGACUGGGUUUAUAUCCUUGCAGUCGAACACGGAGUAAGAGCUUAGGUAAGCUCCUCCAGGACCUUUUCUGCCACAACACAACUCCCCGCUUCUCCUCCAAUCACCCCUGGACACCUACCCCUGAGGAAGAGCUUCGGGAGACUACCGGAAGAGUCAGAUUCCUGCCCCUGGAAUACCAACAAGUGUGCAUCCUUUUACACUUUUCAUCCUUCAUUUCAAAUCCACCUACUCUGAUAACGAGGGGGGAGGUGGGGGGCACGUUUGCUAGCAUCUCUGGCCUCUUGGAAUCGAUCCUGUGGGAACUGUUCUAGUUUUGAGCCUGCAUUCCUUCAGCUGACUCGGCCCAUCUGGUGUGUUUCUAUUGAACACUUUCAGGAACUAACACAUACAUCUAGUACUCUGCUGCAGGGAUACAUUGGUACAUUGUAACCUAACAACAAGCCCAAUCAGAAGAGGUAAAGAAGAGCGGCCCAUCUUGGAGUGUGCCCACUGGUCACAGAUGUCAAUUCAAUGUCUUUUCGACGUUGGUUCAACCUAAUUUCAUUGGAAUGACGUGGAAGCAACAUUAAUUCAACCAGUGUGUGCCCAGUGGGUGGUGUGUUAGAGCUAGUGGAAGAUACACCUGUGGACUUAUAAGAGGCUCUGCAGAAGAAGAUCUGAUCCUUCCUGAACUAUAAAACCACAGGGUCUCUCUGAAGAGAUAUCUGUCCAUCUUUUCUCUCUGGGUGGAGAAACCCCUUCCUGCACUCAGCCAGCGUCACACCUCCGGGCCUCUAACGAUUGCUCUACAUCUGCCCCAUAUCUGUCUGUUUUCUCUCUAUCUUUCUUUUUCACCUGUCUACUUCACUUUGCCCUCUCUCAAUUUCUCUCCUCCUCCCCAUUCAUUCUCUUUUUCUCCUUUUCCACAACACCCAUUUCUGUCACAUGCUCUCUCUGUUUUCAUAAUUAACGAUGCUUCUGUACCAAUUAGACAUUCAGUCGGUGCGACCCGAACCCUGAGAGCCCCAGUGGAAGCAGGGACCUUUGGUGUACUGCUGGUGUGUGGAUCGUGCUGUCCUAGACCUCCACCCCCCAGUACCCCCUGUCAUUGGCCUUGGCUGUGAAUGUCACGGCGCCGGCUGCCCACGGCUGAAUCGUCCACAGGGUCACAGGGCUGGUUCUUUUUAUUUUCCACAGGCCAGGAAUCUCUGUGGGAGCCUCACUGUGUCUCAGGGGAACAAAAGUUACUCCUCAGCCCCAGUUGGGCCCUGACAGCUGCCGUCCGUGUUUUGGUCUAAUUAGAAACUUUCUGUCUAACCUCAAGAGCUUAUUCCUAUUAUACUUGGAGGGAGUUUUAAUUUGAAACCUUUGUUCGGUUUUGGUUUUUACCCUCUUCACCAGAUUCAAAUAACAGCUGAAGCUCAGGAUAAUUGCCUCUGGCUGAGAAUGUGAAUGCAGGUUCCUUCCAAGUCAUUGCAGUGGAUUAUCAUGAAUUAUCAUUACCGUGAAGGUCACACCCUGUAGGUUUUUUCUCCUUCGUUGUUUGAUCCAGCUCCAUCUUCCACUUGAGGCUAAACACUUCACAGGGAUUGUGCAUAAAGCCGGGCACACCUUUUGCGUGUGUUCGCUAUAGGAAGCCUUCAAAAAACCUUGUUUUAGUGUAUUCCUCUCUAGAGAGCAGCGCACAGCUGCACAACAAUCAACUGCGGUGAUUUUUUAACCAAAAUAAAGGCCCCUGAAUGGAGUAAAAUGAGAAAUAAAGGGCAGAUGGCAACCUUGCUUUAAAACAUCAACGAAUUCAUUAAUACAACAUUGGGUGGUAGAGGCAUUUGGCAAAGUGCUGAAGUAGCCCCCCCCCUCUCUUUCUCUGUCACGUUCCCUCUCUCACUAGAGACAGGGGAUCAGGUAGCAGAGCAGAAAGACCGGAGGUUGAUCCUCAGUGCCCCUGCUUCUCUGUUUGUUGUGUUUUUGUUUGUCCCCCCACCCGUCCGUGCAUGUAAUGACCCAUCACCUUCGUCAGCCUCAGGAGAGAUGCCUGUACUUGAGAUGGCAGUGAGCCUAGUCAAGUCCCUGUACUGGGAGGUGUUCCCCCCCAUGUCCACGUGCAGGGUCUACUGCACCCCUGUGUUCCAUGAUGGCCUGCUCUAUGUGCUCGGGGGCUGCAGUGAGACAGGCCUGCCUCUAGACACUGCCGAGGUGCUGGACAUAGAGAGCCAGACAUGGACCCAGUUACCUCCACUCCCUACAGCCCGUGCGGGGGCAUCAGCGGUGGCCCUGGGGGGUCAGGUGAUGGUAAUGGGGGGCAUGGAUGGCCAGCAGAGCCCCCUGUCCUCCGUGGAGGUCUACAACCCUGACGAGGGCAAGUGGGAGAGGAAGGCCAGCCUAGGACAACCCUCCAUGGGCAUCACCUCAUUAGAGAAAGAUGGGAAGGUAUAUGCGCUUGGAGGGAUGGCAGCUGACACAACGCCCCAGGCUCUGGUGAGGGUUUAUGAGCCGGAGAAGGACCAAUGGCAGCCCCUGACCUCUAUGCCCACGCCCCGCUAUGGAGCCGCCUCCUUCCUGAGAGGCAACAAGAUCUACGUGCUGGGUGGGCGUCAGGGCAAGCUUCCUGUCACAGCCUUCGAGGCCUUUGACCUGGAAAUGAAGAGCUGGACGCAUUACCCCUGCAUCCCCAGCCGCCGGGCCUUCGCCUGCUGUGCUUCUACCGACCGGGGCUUCUUCAGCCUGGGAGGGCUCCAGCAGCCUGGCCCCCACAACUUCUACUCCAGACCACACUUCGUCAGCACAGUGGAGGAGUAUGACCCAGAACAGGGUAUCUGGAUCAAACCAACCCGAACCUCCAGGAUGAGGGUUAAGAGAGCAGACUUUGUGGCCGGAUGUCUCGGUGGAAGGGUCAUCGUUGCUGGUGGACUAGGUAACCAGCCGUCGCCCCUAUCGUCGGUUGAGAGCUACAAUCCUGUGAAGCGGAGUUGGGAGUACGCUGCCCCCAUGCCCAGUCCCCGCUGCUCCUGUUCACCCCUGCAGACCGCCAACAUGCUGUUUCUCAUCGGGGGCGUGGCCCAGGGACCCAGCAACGCCGUGGAGGCUCUUUGUCUCAGAGAGACUGUGUGACACGUACACAGAGACAGACGAAGGACUCAAUGCAAGCAAAUUCAAUGUGUGCAGGUGAUGGACACUCAUACAGACUUUGUUUUUGCCUUUGAACCUUGCAGUUGGUGGGCAGGAUCAAGGACAGUGACCCUGACACCUGUUUCUUUCAAUGGAGAAACAAAUACUUUUCUACAUCUUAGAGGCAUAAGAGGAGUCAAAUAAAUAAGCAAAAAACAACACCACAGACGCAUACACACGCUACACAAAAGACGCCUUUGAACAGUGCAGCAUUUUUCUGGAUAAAAGCAGGGUACUUUUCUGGAAACUAAAGGAACUACGGGCCAUAUCUGUUUCACUACAACAGUCAGGCUGCAUUGGCUUGUUAAAACACUUUUCUAUCACCUUAAAGUAGAGAGUUUAGGAUAUAACAUUGGGGUAUUUGUCUGUGUUUUGGUACCUUCACAGCCAGGUGUGUGUGAAUAUAGCACAGCUAUACACAUGAUGUUCAAAUCCCACACACCAUGAAUACCACCUCUAGAAUGGCCAGGCCAAUCCCUGCACUGUAGCAUCCAGAGACAAGAGUGCUUUGGCACUAAGCAACAUUUCCCUUUUUAAGAGAAAAAUAUACGUAUAUAUUUUACCUCGAGCUUUACAAUGAACGACAGAUGAAAGGCAAAGGAACAGAAGGCAGGACAAAGUGCAUGCUCAGAAAGUGUGUUUAUUUCAGAUAAUCCUUCGGUGGUGGCUUAAAAAGAGAGCAACGGAAAGAGAGAGUGAAAGAGAGAAAGAAAAUCGUAAAUGGAAACUUCACUGCUAGACAAUAUUUGGGAACUGGAAAAACACCCCUGCAUAAUUAUGAGUGAUGUGUUUCAGACAUAAUUAUGAGUGAUGUGUUUCAGACAUAAUUAUGAGUGAUAAGUGGUGUUUCAGACAUAAUGAGUGAUGAGAGGUGUUUCAGACAUGAGUGGUGAGAGGUGUUUCAGACAUAAUUAUGAGUGAUGAGAGGUGUUUCAGACAAUUAUGAGUGAUAAGCGGUGUUUCAGACAUGAGUGAUGAGAGGUGUUUCAGACAUAAUUAUGAGAGAUGAGGUGUUUCAGACAUAAUUAUGAGAGAUGAGGUGUUUCAGACAUAAUUAUGAGAUGAGGUGUUUCAGACAUAAUG